UAUCCGUGGUAUAACAACAAAAAGGAGGAGGAGGAUGCCGAUCUCACUGUGGGCUGUCACCGCUAACAAAAUUUUUAGCAUGGUUACGGUAGAACACCUCAGCCCCUUGACGGGCUUCUCGUGCACAACCACAAUUUCCGUCGUAAGGAACCGAAAAAGAAAAGGUAAGAAGUGGAAGACGGCGCUAAAGACAGGUGGCAAGCACGCGAACGGGCCACGUGUCAGCGCGAGCCUGGAAGGAAAGAAGCAGAAGGAGCUCUUGACGGCGGUCGCCAUAGCUUCGCGAUGCGCCAGUUCUUCCAGAACCUCUGCUCGUUCGGCUCCCGUGCGCAGCGCAACCAGCUGGACCGGGAUCAGCCGCCUUCGCGCGCCGUCUCCCGGUUGACCACCCCCGUGGCAGCCGUGCACUCGCGUUCGCUCGCCCAUUCGAUAUUGGGCUUCGCCGUGGACCUCUACCGGCAGCUGUCGCUUGCCGCCGGUAAUGCUGGCGGCCAACCUAGCAUCAGCAUUGACAACGGCGGCGGCAAGGACGGUGUGGCCACUGCCACUGUGGCCCCGGACAACCUGGUAUUCUCGCCGUUGGCAGUGGCUGCCGCUCUGUCCAUGACCCUGGCGGGCGCCCGCUACCGCACGGCCAAGGAACUGGCGUCGGCGCUUCACGUGUGCGACGACGACCAGGUCCACGGCCAGUUCGCCGCGCAGCUGUCGCAAUCCGCGAGCCGGGCGCUGAAAGUCACCUUCGAGGUGACCAACCGCAUGUACGCCGACCGGCAGUACCACGUGCUCGAGGGCUACCUGUCCUUCCUGCGAGACACGUACGGCGACGGCACCGUGCGCUCCGUGGGCUUCGCCGAGCACCACCGCGAGGUGCGCGCCGAGGCCAACGAGUGCGUGGCCCGGCUCACCGCCAACGCGGUGCGCGAGCUCCUGGCCGCCCACAGCAUCGGCCCCGGCACGGCGCUGGCGCUCGUCAGCGCCGCGUACUUCUGCGGCGCCUGGGAGUCGCCCUUCCAGCCGGGGUUCACGGGGCCCGACGAAUUCUACGUGGACUCCGAGACCGUGGUGCGCGUGGACAUGAUGACGCAGAUGCACUCGUUCGCCAUGUCCCACUGCGACCAGCUGCAGGCCACCGCGCUCGAGAUGCCGCACCUGGGCGGGAAGACCGCGAUGAUCUUCGUCCUCCCCGACGAGAUGGGCGGGCUGCGCGCCCUGGAGCAGAACCUGACCGCGGCCCUCCUGUCGGAUCUGCUGCACGGCCUGCGCGAGAAGCCCAACGUGAUGCUCAAGCUGCCCAAGUUCGUGGUGCAGCAGAGCCUGAGGCUGCGCGACGCCCUGGGCGCCAUGGGCGUCCGCGAGCUGUUCACGAGGCGGGCCAACCUUUCGGGCAUCUUCGAGAGCGGGAGCCCCGCUCUGUGGGACGUCUUCCACGGCGCCUUUCUGGACGUGAACGAAGAAGGCGUGGUGUCCACGGCUCCUGGGACCGACUACGUACCCGGGGGCGGGCCCGGGAUGGGCAACAUCACCCAUUUCGCCGUUAACCGGCCCUUCAUGUUCCUCGUCGGGCCCAGGCAGACGGGCAUCGUCUUCCUGAUGGGCUCCGUGCGAAGACCGUGAGCCCGCGCCGUGACCCGUGUCUGGUGCCGCCCCAGCGCGCGGGGCAAAUCGGGCAAAUCUUCCAAUUCCGCCACGUCUGCGUUUUCGGCGAAUCAGACGUGACGGGAUGACGAAUUUGGCAACAUGGCGG